GAGGUGGGGAGGGAACGCGCUGGGAAUGCGGAAUCCCAGCGGGGACUGUGUUUCGCUGUGGUGUUCGGUGGUUUCUGGUUCUGAAACCUCGGGCACCCGGCCUAGGCGCUUUGGAGCUAAGAGCUCACUGCCGCGACAAAGUGCGAGGACCUGAGGCUGUCCUCCGGCCCCAGCCGCCCCCCAGUCCUUCUGCCUCGCCAGUCUUCCCGUCCGGUCAUGACGAGAUUCUGGGUCUGCAUAGCCGGCGCUGGCUUCUUCCUAGCGCUUCUGGUUUUGCAUUCGCGGUUCUGUGCCUCUCGGCUCCCACCACAUCUGCACUUGGCUUUUAAAGUUUCCUGGAGAGCUGAGGAGAUUCUUUACCGGCUGGAUGUGGAUUGGCCGAAGUAUUCAGAAUACUUCACUGGAGCAACAUUUUGUGUUGGAGUUGACUCCCUCAACGGAUUGGUUUAUGUAGCCCAGAGAGGGGAUAACAUCCCAAAGGUAUUAGUGUUCACAGAGGAUGGAUAUUUCCUACGAGCCUGGAAUUAUACAGUUGACACACCUCAUGGUAUAUUUGCAGCCAGUACACCACAGGAAAAAUCUGUCUGGAUCACGGAUGUAGGAAGUGGAUUCUAUGGUCAUACUAUUAAAAAAUACAAUUCCUUUGGUGAUCUUGUUCAAGUUUUGGGGACCCCAGGCAAAAAAGGCACUGGUUUGAACCCCCUGCAGUUUGAUAACCCUGCGGAAUUACACGUAGAAGACACAGGAGAUAUUUACAUUGUGGAUGGAGAUGGAGGGUUGAAUAACAGGUUGAUCAAAUUGUCCCCAGAUUUCAUGAUCCUUUGGCUGCAUGGAGAAAAUGGAACAGGGCCUGCUAAGUUCAACAUACCCCACAGUGUUACAGUGGAUUCCACUGGCCGGGUGUGGGUGGCUGACCGAGGCAAUAAAAGACUUCAAGUGUUUGAUAAAGACACCGGGGACUGGUUAGGAGAGUGGAAUAACUGUUUCUCAGAAGAGGGGCCUUCUGCAGUCAGGUUUACUCCUGAUGGGAAAUAUGUGGUCGUGGCCCAGCUGAAUCUGAGCCGGCUCUUAAUCCUGGCGGCGCCCCCGGUAGGAAACAUCGGCGACUGCUCUGUGGUCAGCACGAUCCAGCUGGCCGAUCAGGUCUCCCCGCAUCUCUUAGAAGUCAGCAGGGAGACCGGAGCCAUCUACGUAGCUGAAAUCGGUGCAAAGCAAGUGCAAAAAUACAUCCCCGUGAAUAGGUAUUUCUCUUGAUUCAGUUCAUAACUGGUUUCUUAUUCUUGAGGUUUUUCAGUUGGAAGUUCAGAUCCUCAGAUUCUCAAAUCUGCUGUUAAAUACUCUCAACUGAUGUUGAGGCACAAGGAUUUGUUUCUUUAUUUUUGCCUGACCCCGUGUCAGAGAGAUACAUGUUUUUAUAUUGAUCUGAACCAGGUUGUGGGGCAUUCUUGUGACUUAGUUCCACUUGCGAGUGUACAAGGAUGUUUUAAAGAAAUGUGAAGAAUAGGAUGGGAAAGAGGGACUAAGGUGAUAACCCAGUAAUUUGCCCUCUGGACUCAUUUGCCCUGGAGGGGAAGCAGAGAAAUUAACAUGGGUUUGCAGCAUAAUUUAUUGAAUUUCAUAUAAGCAGCGCAAACUUUCUCUUUAUUUGCUUCAUAAACAACGAACUGCUUGAGAGAUGGGAUCUUGAUUAAUGAGAACCCGCAGGGCGCCGGGCCCUGAAGACGCAGACGUGAAGAGGCAGGGUGGCCUGCGUGCCUCUGAGUAGCUUACAGCCCGCACGGCCUGGAGACAGUGGCACAUGUGGAUUGGACUUCGGGAAGGAGGAGCCGCAGGUCUGUGCUCAGGAGUCUCUGCAGCGGAAUCAGUUUCAUCUCCAACUUGAAAAACAGAGGAGGAGAAAGCCACGUGGUUCGGGCAGAGAAGUUAUGAAAAAUCGCACCCUUGCUGUGAACCUCAGCAGGCUUUUUUUUAAAGGCCCAACUUGACUUUGAUUGUUUAGCUCAGGGGUCCCCAACCUUUGGGCCGUGGGCAGGUUGGUACCGCCUGUCAGAUCAGCAGCAGCAUUAGAUUAGAAAUAAAGUGCACAAAUGAGUGUAAUGCACUUGAAUCACCCCGAAACCAUCCUCUCUUCCACCCGGUCUGUGGAACAAUUGUCUUCCACGAAACUGGUCCCUGGGGCCAAAAAGGUUGGGGACCGCUGCUUUAGCUCUGAGAUGCUUAAUCUCAAUCCUUAAACACUGGAAUCAAGUGGCUAGUGUCUAAGCCCUUUACCAAAAGGGAUCUUAAAAAUUACCAGAAUGUUUUUAAAGGUAGCAAGAAAAAUAGGUCUUCUCAGUGCCUCUCUUCUUUUUUUUUUUUUACAUGAACUCCGUCCAUUCCUAACUUUUGUCUACCUCAAAGAAGUUUUAGACUUAUCUAUAUGAGGAUGUGUGCCAAACACUUGGAGCUGUUUAGAUGAAUAAUUUUCUGCUUUUUUUCUUUCUGCAUCUUUUUUGUAACCCGUUUGUUCUGAAUAUUAGCCUCCCAGUUAAGACCAUUUUUUUCAGUUUGUUCUAGUUUAUUCUUGGGUUGGAAGGAAACUUGCCAUAUUACAGUCUCUUUCACAUCAUUCUUUGCCUUUUCUCAUAUCAUUCUCCCUCUUUAUCCUAAUCAUGUGUCAUAUGUGUUAGUCACCCAGUCAUGUCCAACUCUGUGACCCCAUGGACUGUAGCCCACCAGGUUCCUCUGUCCAUGGGAUUCUCCAGGCAAGUUGCCAUUCCCUUCUCCAGGGGAUCUUCCCGACCCAGGGAUUGAACCCAGGUCUCCUGCAUUGCAGGCAGAUUCUUCACUGUCUGAGCUGCCAGGGAAGCCUCUUCAUCCCAGUAAUCUCCCAACGGAACUCUGUCCUGUGCUCCAAGGCCAUUCAUAAGUGUGUUUGUGCCGCUGAUUAAGCUGUGUGACCUGGACGAGUCACCUUCAUUUUCUCUUCAGUAAAACUGGACUGUCAUUGUGUUUCCUCCUUCAGGAAGGCUGUGAGGUUCAGAUGUGCAAUAGUGAGGGUCACGUGUGCAAUAGGUACAGAUGUGCCCUUUGGAGUCUGUAGUUCCAAGUGCAUUGAAGGCGUCUCAUUAGAAAAGGUCCUUCUAAUGUGCUGUUUCCCCGAUACCAGCUGUCCGUUUUGCCUUAAGUUUGCAUUUAUCAAAAUGUCAUAAAUUUAUGCAGUUAGCCAAAUAAUAAAUCUACUUGGAUGAAGAGAAAUAGUUUGAGGUUUUGUUUGUUUUGCUUUCAAGUCAGCUCAAGAAGCGCAAAUGUCUCUUUGAAGGAAUAUAGGUUAGAUUUUUGUCAUUUCAAAAAUGUUGUGUUUAACUUUGUUUUAUGCCAGAUUCUUAUACAACUUGCCGAAAGUAUUAUUUCCAUGGACCUUGCUAAAAGUGUUUAUGAGCAUACUUGGAAUCCUGGUAUUUCACCUUUUUUCUCUGGAUUAAUUGGUUAAAUUAAUUGAGAAAUGUGUUGUAUCUUCUGUUAAAUAAAAAUUUUGCAAAGAAAAUGCAGUAUUGUCUGCUUUUCCAAUUAAUGUUUGAUUUUGUUGUUAUAAAAGCAGUCUAUAAUUAUGCCAUUGAAGAAUUUCAGCGAUCAUGAAAUCACUGGUUGAUACUGAGAGUAUAUCCUCCUCUUCAUUCACCUGUGAAGUGAGGGCUGAAGUGGGUAAAUAUUGGGAGAGGUGGUGGCUUUAAGAUGAUGGAUGAGUACAAGUGAUAGUGGUAACUAGCUAACUCUAUUUUUGCAUUAGAAAUGGAAUCUUUCUGCCUCUACCAUCUAGAUCUGUUCUGGGAGAGAGGGGUAGGGUGUUCUAAGUUAGAAAACCAAGGCUUAAAAAAAAAGAAAACCAAGGCUACAGGUAAUCUUUCUUAACCUACACUAAAGCAUUGAGCCUUUAGAUUGGAAUGUUUGUCCAUCAAAGCAUACAUGCAGUCUGAUGAGAAGCUAAGGAGACCUAUAUACUUUGUAUAUCUCAGGCCAUAUUAAAGAACAACUUCAAGCAAUGAGGCUGCUAGGUCAAAAGCAAGCAAGGCUCAACUUCCAUUUUGCCUUUGUUGAUUUUAAACGUUACUGGAUUUUAAAACAGUAUCGAUUGGAUAGCCAACAUUAAAACUGGAAACAGGUUUUUGCUCCUCAGACUCAGGAGAGUAAACCCAAAUCAAAGUCUUCUGUAGAGAGUCAGAAUAAAUCAAGUUUAUUCAUUCAACAGAAAUGUUCAAAACAACACACAAAUGAAGACCGUUAGGUGAGUAUCAUCUGCCCUAGCUCUUUGAGCUACCUAGUUUGGAAAACAAAGCAUGCUUGCUUUUCAACUUUUCUGGAAGGGGCCAUUUGACACUUGUGUGACAUUCUUGAUACACAAGAGGGCAGCAGAGUCCUGCUUAUGAUAAGCAUUUCUUGAAUCAAAGUGAGUAUCUUUACACUUGACCUAUAUAUGACCUUUAUAUAUCUGAUUUUUUAAAAUCUGAGGCUAUAGUGUUAGCCAUACUUUUAAUUUUUCUUCAACUUGUUUACAUCUUGAGGAAAUUGGUUUAUAGGUGACAUAUCUUCCAAGGGUUGUUGGAAAUAUUUACUGCUUUAUUGGACGUUUCCAUGCUUAAGAAAAAAAAGGGUUAAAUCUUUUCAGUAAUACAAACUAAUAACCAGAAGUGAAUAACUCAUUUUAAACAUUUACAAUUUUAACCUGAAGGCAUACUUAGUACAAUAGAAAAUGUAUCUGUUACCAGGGAGGUAUUCUUUUUCUUCCUACUUUGUCUUUGUGUUUCUUCCUAGCUUUGUUGUGUUUAACAAUUUUGCCAUGUGGUUGCUGACUCUUACUGAUAAGAAAGAUGGAUUAUUUUACUGAGAGGCCUAGUCAUUUAUCCACUAUGCACUUACCCAUAGAAUUCCUGAGUGUAUUAAGUAAAUCAAUCCUAUGAACAUUUAAUGACAUUUAAUAUAGAUACUCUCUUUGUAUGUAAGAACUGAGUGGAAUUUGAACAAUGAAAAAUAGCACUCUUUGGAACUUUUGUUUCUUCCAUUGUAAGCAGUGAAAUGAUACUGUUAUGAUUUAGUUCUGCUUCUGUGAUAUUUGUAAAGAAAAGACAUGAUGUAACACUUGAAACAAACAGGUUUUGAAAUGAGCAUCUUGUUAAGUGGAACCCUUUGAAUAAAACCUUUUAAAAGGUAGAUUAAAUUACCUUUGUAAUGUGUUACAAGUGUCAAUCCUAAAGGUUUUCAGCCACUUCAUUUCUCAAGAAAGAAAAUGUUAGUAGCAUGGUCCAAAUCUCAUAUUUAUUCUUUACCAGAAUCAAUGUUAAAAUCAAUGUGUUAAAAUACUAUAUUAUUUUUUUUCCCCAUAGGACUUUUACAUACAAAUGGCCACAAUCAGCGAAGUUUAUGUAACAUUUUUCUUUAAAUGUACAAGAAUAUUUUAAUGAUUUGAUGUUUACUGUAUUUAAAUACUAAUUUUUAAUUAACUAAAAGGAUAUAGGAACUAUGUAUACAUUGUUUUGAUCACUAAUUUUAAAAUUUUAUGUAGUUUUUUUCUUUGUGUUUUCUGUGUGUGUGUGUGUUUAAAUAAAUGUGUAAAGAACA